UUUUGAAGUCCGCAAAAUUCAGUUUUCUUUUUAUGACAUGAUUUAUGCAACAGCAGUCUUAAACAUGACCUCGCGCUAACUUUAUAACGUAACCUUACGCAAUGGCGAGCGGCUCUUGAAAGCAGUGAAUGGCAUAAGAGAGAGAAUCAGCUGCUUAUUUGACGCACUGUCAACACUCAUGAUUCAUCUAGAUCUCUGCUGUUUGCACGAAUCAUAUGCGCCUAAACCAAACCAAUGCGGUAGAACUGACAAGAACUCAACUCCGUUUUUUUUUUAUCUGUAGCAGCUUCUGUGUGAAACUCCACUAGAGUGUAAUGUGUGUAGUGUGAGAGAGAUCCGAGUGAGCGGGGAAGAUGCCGUGCACAUGCGGGAACUGGAGGAGGUGGAUUCGGCCUCUGGUGGUGGUGCUCUACAUCCUGCUUCUUUUGGUUGUUCUUCCGCUGUGUAUAUGGGAACUGCAAAAAUCAGAGGUUGGUACUCAUAAUAAGGCAUGGUUCAUCGCAGGGAUAUUUGUGUUUAUGACUAUCCCCAUCUCGUUAUGGGGGAUCCUGCAGCAUCUGGUACACUACACCCAACCUGAGCUACAAAAACCUAUUAUCAGAAUAUUAUGGAUGGUUCCUAUUUACAGCCUGGACAGUUGGAUCGCUUUGAAGUAUCCCAACAUUGCCAUCUACGUAGACACAUGUAGAGAGUGCUACGAGGCCUAUGUCAUCUACAACUUUAUGAUCUUCCUUCUCAACUACCUGGGGAACCAGUAUCCUAGUCUGGUGCUCAUGCUGGAGGUCCAGGAGCAACAAAAGCAUCUGCCCCCACUUUGCUGUUGCCCACCGUGGCCCAUGGGAGAAGUGCUUCUGUUGAGAUGCAAACUAGGAGUUCUGCAGUAUACGGUUGUGAGACCGGUCACCACAGUCAUUGCUUUGAUUUGUCAGCUUUGCGGGGUCUACGAUGAAGGAAACUUCAGUUCAAAAAAUGCCUGGACAUACCUGGUUAUUUUCAACAAUCUGUCUCAGCUUUUUGCCAUGUAUUGUCUUGUGCUGUUCUACAAGGCUCUGAGAGAAGAGCUCAGUCCCAUCAAACCUGUGGGCAAAUUCCUUUGUGUCAAGCUGGUGGUGUUUGUGUCAUUCUGGCAAGCUGUGUUCAUUGCACUUUUAGUGAAGGUUGGUGUAAUCUCAGACUCUCACACCUGGGACUGGGACAGUGUGGAGGCUGUAGCUACAGGUUUACAGGACUUCAUCAUCUGUGUGGAAAUGUUUUUGGCAGCCAUUGCCCAUCACUUCAGCUUCACUUACAAGCCCUACAUACAGGAAGCAGAGGAAGGUUCCUGCUUUGAUUCCUUCCUGGCCAUGUGGGAUAUUUCAGACAUACGGGCUGACAUCUCAGAACAAGUGCGCAAUGUUGGGAGAACAGUCAUGGGUCGUCCAAGGAAAAACUAUUUUGGCGAAGAGGCAAACCACGAUGAGAACAGAGGACUACUGUCAGCUGGUUCACAGGAUGCCGCUAUUGAAUCGUCCUCCACUCCUCCAUCACCCAAGGGCCGGUAUCAGGGAAUGGGCCACACAGUAACCCCUCAUUCCAUCUCUGCUCCUGCUAAUCUUGGCUGUGUACCAUGGGAAGGAGAUGUUGAUGAUAUCCCUCCUACAGUUAUAUCUGACGAUCACACAGCCCAACAGGACUCAGACUAUGCACCUAUCAUUUAGCAUUACAGAGUUUGAGCUGCCAAAGCUAUUGUAGUUAAUGUGCGUUAGUAUAACGUGCAUUGGCUACCAUAUGGAAUAUAUGCAUCCACUGUUAACUCUUUGUAGCGGUGGUUAACGUGUUCAGAAAGGCUCAGUGCAGAUUCGGUAGCAAGAAGAAACAUGAAGAGCAGUGUUGGUCCUCAUUUUAUAUCUCCGUUUGGUUUUAUUUUGUUGGAAACCUGACCAAAUUGGUUUUAAACUGACCUUAGAGUUAAGCACAGUAAUUAGUGUAUUCAGUUCAUGGUACUUUUAAGACAGCUUUAUGAAUGUUUACUCUAAAGCCCAAUGUAUACUUCAGUUUUUUAUGGGUAUACAACAAUAUGUGCACAGCUGCUUUUUACGCAGGCUUUGUAAAGUAGCUAAUCUUCAUUUGAUAGAAUGAACACAGAUGCCAGACGCGUGCACACUGCAAGUUUUGCUACAUCAAUUCAAGCAAGUGUCUAAUGAGGAAAAUGAUGGAAGAACUAGUUGAUUCAACCUGAACCUUCAUCAAAAGCAUGACGUGAGUAGGAUGUUUAUAGACCUUUUUCUUAGAACGCAUAAUUACCCAUUACGCUUUGCUUGUAUGAGCAAGGAGAAUGCUAAGAACUUCCGGUCGGGAGCUGAUGCGUAUAAACAGUCACAUUUGGACAGCUUUAAAACGAUAGUUUUAAUCAAUUUUAAUUGCUUUUAAUGUCUUUGAACUAAUCCUGCUGUCGAUAAGCGCCACCUCCUGGACUGAUCACUUUUAAAAAAUGUGAUCUAGGAUGGAAAACAGCUGGUGUGAGGCAAUUUCCCCUUGUUGUUAGACGGCAUUUUGUGUCAUUUAAAAUGAAGCCUCGUUAUCACUAAAGUCAACAUUUUCUUUUUCUUUUAAACAUAUAACCAGCCCAAACAAAUGUUAAUCACCAAAAUGUUUGACACACAAAGGUAGCCUUUACUGUUCCACUGACACAUUGCUUAAACAAGUGUCACAAAGUGAAAAUAAAGUGACGUUUUGAAAUGACAGAAAAACACUAACUAACUCAACGAAACAUAACGGCUCCCGAUUAGAAUCAACAUGCAAAUCAGCCAGCAGAGUAUCAGUAACAAACUUUUAUUGGUCAUUUUUUAAAUUGCAUGACUUGCAUACCUGUUUCAUGCCAGUUAUCUGGUUUGCUCUAUAUACGUUUUUCUCUUGCACUUGAAUUACAUCUGACAGAUAAUAACGACUUUAACACACACCUUUCAAACUUUCAAAGAUGUAUGUCACAAAAACACUUCGUAAUCCACUCAAAACGCUGUUGAAACCCAUUUUCAAAUCACAAAUGACCUAUUGUAAACGCUGUAAACGGAAGUUCUAAUCAUUCUACCGGAAGAUGCUGGUCGCUAUGACCCCUCCAUGCAGCAGCCAAGAAAAAGGUCUAUACUGUGCGUGUUAAAAGUGAGGUAUACUUUGGGUUUACAGGGAUAGAUCACCCAAAAGAAGUUUUUUUUUUUCACACUCUGAACUUGUAACUCUUUCUUCUGUUGAACACUAAAGUAGAUACUCUGAAGAAUGCUGGAAACAAUCAGCCAUUGACAUCCAUAGAACACAUAAGAAAUUAUUUGAAUAGUUGAAAUGACACAAUUCUUUAGGUUUUAUUUUUUUUUGGUUAAAUUUGUAAACUCAAUCGAUUUGUGUUGGGACGACAAGAAGUAAUUGUGUAGAACACAGCAUUUUUUAGUGUACGAACAAAUACAAUGGGAGUUAAUAGCUGAUUUUUCCAACAUUCUUCAUUAAAUCUUCCUAUGUGUUCAACAGAAAUUCAAUUGGAGGAUGAGGAUGAAUAAAUAAUGACAGGAGUUAAAUUUUUUGGUGAACUAUCCCUUUAAGAAAUACAAUGUAUUAAUAACACUACAUGUUUUUACAUUUUCAGUACUGUCCUGUGUUUUGUUCUUAAUGUCUUUUAAUACAUGACAUCUGUUACUUUCAGGUUUUUCUUCUGUAAAUUGGAAUCAUUUCUUUGUUUUAUUAUUUUAAAAACAGCACUUUCAACAUGAUGGACAGUAAUUUGAAAUUGCCAGAAUGCCAUGGAGAUUUGUUCAAUUUUGUCUCAGCUAAAUAUAUAUGCAUGAUCUAGAAGAUAGAGCAACUACAUCAGCUCUAAAGCACAACAUACUGAAGCAGUCAUAUCUCUGCUCGCUAUGCUUUAGAGCUUAGCAACUUCCUGCAGAGAAGCUCCAUCUAAUAACCUCGAAACAUAAUUGGCUAUGCCAUUAUUCUUUAUUUCCAUUUCUUUAGUUAUUUGCAUUCUUAUAACAAAAUUGGUUUUGGUUUAAAACUUAAUUCAGAAACGUAUAGAAAAUAUAUAAAAUACUGAUUUCACAUUCACAUCGGGAAUAAUGCAAUGUUCUAAAUAUUAGCCAAAGUCAAUGUAUGGCUCUUAAAACAGUGGUCUCAAACUCAAUUCCUAGAGGGCCACAGCUCUGCAGAUUUAAGCUCCAACCAACUCCAAAUGACACCUGCUUAAUGGUCUCUUGUAUUUUUGAACACCUUGAUUAGUUGGAUCAGCUGUGUUUGAUUAGGGGUGGAGCAAAGCUGUGCAGAGCUGUGGUCCUUCAGGAAUUGAGUUUGAGACCACUGUUUUAAGAGCAAUAAAAGUUUAGUUCUACACAAAAAAAUAACUGCCAUCAUUCCUCUCAUGUCAUUCCCAACUUAUAAGAAUAAGUCAAAUUUUCGAGUAACAAGUGAAAGUAUUUUUAAUGAAACUUUAGGAAGUAACCUCUAUUAUUCUCCGCGUACGAGCGGGCACAGCCAUUUGAAUCAUUUUGGCACAAGACUCCGGUCUCAUUCGCUUCUAUUCAUUUAUAGACAUUAAAACAGCUCGUUUUGCUGCUUGAUGUUGCUUACUGACAUUUUCUCAUUAUAUUAUUGCUUUGUCUGUAUAAUCAUGCAAACACUUCUUUGUAGAGCGAGUAGUUUGACCGUUUUCUGCCGUUUAAUAUUCCCAGUCAUUUCUCCUAUAGACGACUGAACCGGAAAUUCUAUAACAAUCGCAAAAACAAGCGCACUUCCGCAGUUUAGAAUAAGGUCAAUAAUGGCCCUUGCUUAUCAAACAAGUUUACCUUUUUUGAUGUGCUCUGUAUAUGAGAUCGAAGUUUAUAUGUGAACAAAAGUCUAAAUCAGGGGUGUCAAACUCAGUUCCGGUCACACUGGACUUUUCUUCCCACAGACUUCCAUAUAUACGCAAGCGAAUGCGUCAGACGAGCUUGGUGAACUCUGACCUGCAAAAUCGCAUCACUUGACUGGGUGAGACGAAUCGAGGAUCAAAACAUGACCUCUAUGGACAGAAAUUUAAAACAUGGACCAAUCGCCCGCUUUUUUUAUGUCUAAUUAUCUUGUUUAAUCCCGCCCCUUUUCACAGUGCCGACAACAGAAUUUCGCAUUAUCAAACUCUAGUGUGACCGCAGCUUUACCCAGGGGUCACCAAUUUAGAUGUCCCAGCAGGGUUUAGCUCCAACUUGCCUCAACACACCUGCCUGGGUGUUUCAAGUAUACCUAGUAAGACCUUAGCUUGUUCAGGUGUGCUUGAUUAGGGUUGGAGCUAAAAUCUGCAGGACACCGGCCCUCCAGGAACAAGUUUGGUGACCCCUGCACUAACCUGUAGGUUUCAAACAAGCCUGAAGAACUCAUUUAGUGUGAAGGACUCAAGCCUGAAGGACUCACUUAGAUGUGUUCAAUAAGGGUUGGAACUAAACAGUGCAGAGCUGCAGCCCUCCAGGAACAGAGUUUGACACCUGUGGUCUAAAAUUAAAUUAAAUUGAUACCAUAGUUAUAAUGUCUCUUCCGAAGACUUGGAUUAUCCCGCUUGAUUCAUUUUGACUGCAUCUUCAUGAGCUUUCUGAAGUGUGAAAAUUUCAGUGCAAUAUCAUGGCAAUAUUCAUAUCGUUUUUUAAUUUAGUUGCACUCACAUUUGUUUGUUUUAGUUUUAUUAUCUCCUCCAGCAGUGAUGGUUGGGUUUAGGGGUGCGGUUUGGGGCCACACCUUAUAAAAAUCACAUGUUUUUGUACAAAUAAAAUCGCCUGAAUUUGGACAAAUUAGCCAAUAUUUUGACAAUAGGUAACAGUUAAGUUUCCUCUUUGAGAUUGGGUUGGAACGUUUUGCUUACGAGAACUAAAAUUCAAGUUUCAUUACAAGUAUUUUCAUGAUUUUAUAGGCUUUGAAAGACUUGAGGUUGAAUAAUUGAUGGCAAUUAGUAUUUUUGGGGGGAACUUUCUCUUUAAAAAAGUCUUUUUUUUUUUUUACUUCUGUUUUCGCUAUCUGUCCUCCAAAUUCAGCUGCACAUGAGCUAUAAAUGAUAUAUAGAAUUACUGCAAGAUCAGUUUGUUCUGUCAAUACAGAUGUGGACCUGUGGGAAAUAGUCCCAUUUAUUAGUUUUGAUGAACUGUCAUAAGUCUCUCUUUUCCAUUGAGAGAGAUGCACCUUUUGCGAUGGUUAGUACGGCCGUUGCAUUGCCUUAUCUAACAGUGGUUAUCACAGAUAUUAAACUUCACAUGAAAAUA